GGGGCUCCCGCGCGCACUCGGCCGGCCAAGCGUCGGGACUUGGGGACAAAGUUUCCAGAUCAGGUUAUCCAUUCCAGCUUGACACAGGAGGGAGCUGAAAGCCGGUGAGAACGAGGGAGUUGUUUGCCUACAAAGAGACACUGCAGUCAGACCCAGAGGCCACUGUUUGGGCUUUCCACUUCAGAAUCCAACUCACUGUUCCUUCGUGCAGCCUCUGGUCUCAGACACACGGAUGUGUAUCCUGACGGUCUAGAGCUCAUUUCUGAUGUCUAGAUAUUAAAAUGUCUGAUGAUGCUCGUGACACCAUAGCCAAUGGAGUCGGAGAAGAUGCUGCUGAGAUGCCCGACAGUGACUCCCCUGCUGAAGAGGCAGCAGAAGUGCAGUGUGGUCCAGCUACAGCUUCAAACGAACCAGCACCAGCUGACCACACGGAAGAGCAGCCUGAGAGCACAGCUGCAUGUGCAGAGUCCACCCCUACAGGGAUUCUGGACCAGUCCAAGGCCAGUGCUGCCGACGAGACUCCCCUCAAUGGAGAAGUAACUGAAGACACCCUGGUUGAGUGCAUUGAUUCCGUCAGCCUCGAGGGAGACACCGGAUCUGAAAUACCUCUGAAAGAACAGAACGAUGCGGCUGUGGACCCCUCGUCACAGGCAGGAAGAUGGGCAGGCUGGGGAUCCUGGGGGAAAUCUCUGCUCUCAUCUGCAUCAGCCACAGUAGGUCAUGGAUUAACAGCAGUCAAAGAAAAGGCAGGGGCGACCCUACGAAUCCACAGUGCCAAUUCCGCAUCUCCCGAAGGGGCCCCAACUGAUGCCGAAAACGGAAUCUCCGGAAAUGUGACUCCAGAUCAGGACCCUGCCGGAGGCCCCCACACUCCUCCUCCACCAGGGGCGGCAGGGUCGAGGGGCAUGCUGUCAGCCCUCACCAAUGUGGUUCAAAACACGGGCAAAAGUGUCUUAACCGGAGGUCUGGAUGCUUUAGAAUUCAUUGGCAAGAAAACCAUGAUUGUCCUCGCAGAAAGUGACCCAGGGUUUAAGCGGACCAAGACACUGAUGGAGCGAACUGUCUCCUUGUCCCAGAUGUUGAGAGAAGCCAAGGAGAAGGAGAAGCAGAGGUUGGCCCAGCAGCUGACAGUGGAGAGGACUGCACACUAUGGGAUGCUGUUUGAUGAAUAUCAAGGUUUGUCACACCUGGAAGCCCUGGAAAUUCUGUCCAAUGAGAGUGAGAGCAAGGUUCAGUCCUUCUUAACAUCUCUGGAUGGAGAGAAGCUAGAACUCUUGAAAAAUGACCUAAUUUCAAUCAAAGACAUCUUUGUAGCCAAAGAAUCAGAGAAUGAAGCAAGUCCAGAAGAACAAGGCCUAGAAGAAAGCGGGGAAGAAUUUGCCAGGAUGCUUACAGAGCUCCUGUUUGAAAUACAUGUCGCUGCCACACCUGACAAACUCAAUAAGGCCAUGAAGAAAGCUCACGACUGGGUUGAAGAAGAUCAAAGCAUUGUGUCGAUAGAUGUGGCCAAAGGUUCGGAGGAGGAAGAGAAGGAAGAAGGAAAGGAAGAGAAAACCGAAGAACCUGAAGAAGACAACACGGGGGGCCAAGGAGCUAAGACUGUAGAGGAAGUGUACAUGCUGUCCAUUGAAAGUCUGGCUGAAGUCACUGCACGCUGCAUCGAACAGCUACAUAAGGUUGCAGAGUUGAUUCUCCAUGGACAAGAGGAGGAGAAACCAGCUCAAGACCAAGCAAAAGUGCUGAUAAAAUUAACCACAGCAAUGUGCAAUGAAGUAGCCUCCUUAUCGAAGAAGUUUACAAAUUCUUUAACCACUGUUGGGAGCAACAAGAAGGCUGAAGUCCUUAACCCCAUGAUCAAUAGUGUGUUUUUAGAGGGCUCCAAUAGCACCACAUAUGUGCAGGACGCCCUCCAGCUGCUGCUCCCGGUACUGCAGGUCUCCCACAUUCGCACCAGCUGUUUGAAAGCUACAGCGCAGCCAGAUUCCAGCUAGUUCAAUAGCAGGUCACAUCUCUUCACUACAUACCAUUUCAAGGCAACGGACGUCUACGUCACUGGCCAGACCAUUUGAGGACACUACAAGCAAUUUUUGCACAGUUUUGAAAAUACAGAGAGUUAAAAUUUCUCUUAAUGUAUACUGUUUUAUCAAUAAUUAUGUUUUCUUUAUAUUAACUUAAACUUGUACUUGUUCUAUUGAAGUUUUCCUUUAAUUUGCAGUUCAUUCACAAAUAUAUCUGUUUUCCUGGUCAACCAGACUAUAUUUAGAAAUUCAUAGAGAGAACCUAGAUUUUUGUUCAGCUUUGAAAUGUCUACCUUUCUAUGCCCUAUUUUUCUCAAACGUGGCUUUAAGUGAGUUCUUAUACUGAACUUCAUUUAAUUGCAUAAACAUCAUAAGCAAAAACAAUGCUACUUAUUUGGUUUUAAAAGGGACAUAAAUAUCUUUAUAAAUAUCACUAUGUAGAUCAGGCUAGCCUAAAACUCACAAAGAUCUGCCUGCCUCUGCUUCCCAAGAACUAGGAUUAAAGGUGUGCACAAUGAUACCUGCCUGCCCUGAAGAAGUAUUUUAGUUUAGGGUGUGUGGGGGCAAAAUUAUAAAGCUGAGAAUCAUUUCAACAGAAAACUUAAGGGGUUUUAGCCAGGUAGAAACCCCGACCUGCAUUUCAAAAAUACCCACUAACCUGAUCACACACAUGGUAGCAGCAAAGGGUGGAAAGUCAUAAGUUGGCCAAGUGGGGUACUGAUCCAGGGAGAUGCAUCAGAGACCUUGCAAGGAGCAGUGGUACUGAACCUGGGCUCUUCUGAGAUGCAUCUGUUCUUUCCAGGAGGAGGUUCUCUGGCAUGCUUCUGUUUGAGACCAUCACUGACAUCCCUACCAGUAAUGUCCAAAAUAGUCAUGCCCAGUGGCUUAUCCCAGGACAAGUGAUGCCUGCAGUCUUGAAAGGGAGAAAAUCCCUCCUUUUUAUUUGCUUUGUUCCUGUGAUAGAAGCCACUGCGUCUGUCCCCUGUGGGCCAAGUAGAUAUCUGAAUUCUUUCAGUAGAAUUUUUGUGUGACUGUGUUUUGUUUUUCAGCUGUAUAUCUCCUGAAACAACCAAAUAAAAACUCAAGAACAAUUUAUUUGCAACCUAGAAAAAUUAAAUCCAUAAAGGUGUGGCAUUUCUCCUUUCCUGACCUCCGGAAUGUUUCUGAUGUUAAGUAUGGUGGUGAUUCACUGUUGACCAUAUCACAGUCACCUCUAUGAAUUCUAUAAUUUUUAAGUAUAGAGCAGAAGAAAUAAUCUAGAUUUAUAAUUUUCACAUCAGAGGGAUUUGUACACUAACUAGAAAUACGAAAGGAAAACAAAUACCUCCAAGGCUUUAGAUUCUCAGACUUAAGUCUCUCAGCUGUCAGUGCUGGGGCAGUGGCUCAGCAGGCAAAGUGUUGAGAAAGCAUAAUGACCAGAGUUAGACUCUCCAGCAUGGACGUAAAGUCUGCGCACACACCUGUAAUCCCAGCAGUGGGAGGUAGAGACAGGAGGAUCCCUGGGGCUCACCGGCCAGCCAGUGUAACCAACUGAUGAGCUCCAAGUUCAGUGAGUGUUAUGGUUCGUAUAUGCUUUGCCCAGGGAAUGGCUCUAUUAGAAGGUGUGGCCCUGUUG